AGCAGCAUGGCGGCACCAGAAGAUGAUCCCCAUGUGUUCACUUUCAAAGAUGAAAAACCAAGUCCAGAUCCAGUCUUUGAGUAUCCAGACUCACUCAGAGAUUCAAGUAUCCCACUGAUCAUAGAUAAUGGUUCCUACCAGUGCAGGGCAGGUUGGGCCAGUGAUGAAAAACCAAAGAUGAUCUUUAAAAACUUGGUGGCCAGACAGAGGGGGAAAAAGGAUCUAGAUGCUCUGAUAGGAAAUGACAUAGGAAACCUUGAGGUUAUGAGAUGGCAGCUUAAGAGCCAGUUUGACAGGAAUAUUGUCACACAAUUUGACUUACAGGAGCAAGUUCUAGAUCACCUGUUCUCCCACCUUGGUAUCAACACCCAGGGCCAGGUGGACCACCCAGUGGUCAUGACAGAACCUGUCUGUAACCCCAACCACUGCAGGCAACAGAUGUCUGAGCUUCUAUUUGAGGGAUAUCAUGUACCACAAGUGGCUUAUGGUGUGGAUUCUUUAUUUAGCUUUUAUAAAAAUCAUGCAACCCCAGAGACCGCUAAUGGCAUGGUUGUGUCAUGCGGCUACCAGAGCGUCCAUCUCCUGCCUGUGAAGAACGGAAGACUGGACGCUGGUCACUGCAGGAGGAUCAACACCGGCGGCUCCCAUCUGGACGCCUUCAUGCAUCGCAUGCUGCAGUUGAAAUUUCCUGGUCACAUGGCAGCCAUUACUCUCAGUAGAGCUGAGGAGCUGGUGAGAGAGCAUACCCACAUGGCAACAGAUUACAUAAAUGAGUUAGAAGAAUGGGCUGAUGUGGACUAUUAUGAGGACCAUGUACACAAAAUACAGCUUCCAUAUACUGCACAACCAAGCAAUACAUUAACUGCAGAGCAACAAAAAGAAAAGAAAGAACAACAGAUAAGAAGAUUAAAGGAAAUUAAUGCCAAGAAGAGAUUAGAAAGGUUGGCAGCAGACCAAGAAAGACUCCAGCAGUUGAUGAGUGUGCAGGAACUGAUGGCUGAUGAUGAUGAAGAGGCCUUCAAUAAAGCUUUAGAUGACUUGGAGUUUUCUGACCCCAUGGAACUGCAGGAAGCUAUUAAUAAGCUGAGUUCCUCUAUACAGAGAGCUAAGGACAAGGUGAUGGGGGUUCAGACACAGAAGGAAGAAGAACCGGAGACAAAGCAACCUGUAUAUGACCUCUUGGACACUCCUGAUGACAUGCUGACUGAUGACCUGCUCCAGAAGAAGAAGAGACAACAAUUCCUCAAGGCUGCAGCAGAGGGCCGAGCCAAGGCCAGGAAACUGAAUGAAGAAAAGAGAAAACAAGAACUGAUGGAGGAAAAAAGAAUGGAAGAAAAGAGAAAAAAGAACUUCCAAGAGUGGCUGGCAGAAACCAGAAAGAAAAGACAGGUUUUACUGGACAAAAGGAAUCAAAGAAAGCAGAGAAAGUCAGACAUGGCAAAGCGAAGAACUUUUGCCUCACAGCAGAGGAUGAAGAUUAUUUCACAGCUAGCAGAAGGUGAGAAAAAAAAGAAAAAGGAGGACACUUUUGGAAUGAAUGAUGAUGACUGGAAUGUUUACAAAGAGAUAAACAUCAGGGCAGGAGACAGUGACUCUGAGAUGGAACAAGAACAACUGGAAGAGCUAGAAACUAUGCUGAAGGAGUAUGAUGAGGAGUUUGCCAAAGACUGUGACCCACAAAAUGGUGAUGGUGUGUUUGACAUAGCUGAGUAUUAUCGUCUCCAUGUUAGCACAGAGCAGAUCAGAAUACCUGAACUGUUAUUCCAGCCCUCAAUAUUAGGAAUGGAGCAGGGCGGUAUUGUGGAAACGCUGGACUUCAUUUUAAAGAAGUACUCCCCCCAGGAGCAGCUAGACCUAGUUCAGUAUGUUUUUUUGACUGGAGGCUGUGUAUCCUUUCAAAACAUGAAGGAAAGAAUGGAGAACGAGAUAAUGGCUAUCAGACCUUUCCAGUCUCCAUUUUCUGUUCACAUGGCAGAAGACCCAGUGCUGGAUGCUUGGCAUGGCGCCAGGAAAUGGGCCCUGUCGUCUGCUCUGAACGUCUGCAGCAUAACACGAGCAGAGUAUGAGGAGAAAGGAGGAGAAUAUUUGAAAGAACACUGUGUGACCAACAGAUAUAUUCCAACCCCUGUACUUGUACCAACAUGAUGCUUAUGUUGUAUUUUCUGAAAAGCUUUUUUUUAUUAUCUUUACACGGAACAUUUGUAAAGAAUGCUGUCUAAUAAGUUUGGGGUCAAUCAGUGCAUAUUCAUGGGAGAAGCAGCCAAUAGAUGCCCGAAACUGAAAACUCUCUCUAGUUCUGGAACAGACCUCUUUUUUGUUGCAUUUUGUAGAGCUUGUGAAGUGCAAUACUCUAGGUGGUAACCGUUUUUUUUUUGUUUGUUUUUCAUACGGAAACAUACAACGUCAAAAUAUUCAGUGGUGAAAAUAAAAUGUGAAACACGCCAAAAUUAGCAGAGUUACGCCCACAGUUACAAUUUAACUUGAAUAGGAGGUCUUUCACUGGCAAUCUUACUGUGACCUUAAAAUGGACCUUUGACCCACUUUUC